AUUGUCUGACCGCUAAGUACUAUUUUCCUCGUCUCACACCUUCGCGGUUUCGCCGGCUUUUCGAUAGCUUCCCGCACUUGACGGAAACAAUCCAAUAGCAAUGGCGGACACCACCGAAAAGGCGCCGUCGCCGAAAGCGACGACGGAAGCCGCGACAGCAUUAGCACCAGCAACGACCCUAGCGGCCUCAGGAGCGUCGCCGGCAGAAGCGACGACAUCCGCAGCGGCAGCGACUUCACCAGCGAAAAGCGCCUCACCGGGAGCCGAAGGGGCGGAAGAGCAAGUAGGAGAAGCAUUCGGAACGGACCAGACUAUCCAAGCGGCCGAGGGUCUAGAUAUUGAAGACGACGGCAGCUCAGACAUCGGUAGCUCAUUACAAUCCUCGACCGGCUCGUUAACCGAGAGUAUAUUCAACUAUCGCGUACUCCACGGAAGAACGUAUAAUGCCCCGAAAACGUCUGAAUACUGGGCACCGAAUGAUGAAGUUCAGAAUGAGGGUCUCGAUUUAUUGCACAAUUGCCUGUUGAUGGUUUUGGGAGACAAAUUGUUCCUCGCGCCCAUCGGCGACAACCCACAGCGCGUGCUUGAUGUCGGAACAGGAACUGGAAUAUGGGCAAUCGACUUCGCAGACACAUAUCCUGGCUCCGAAGUAAUAGGAACGGAUCUUAGUCCAAUACAACCUGCAUGGACGCCACCGAAUGUCAAGUUCGAGAUUGACGACUGCAUCCUUGAUUGGACGUGGCCGGAGAACCACUUCGACUUUGUUCACAUUCGAGCCCUAUACGGUAGCAUACCAGACUGGGUGGAUCUCUACAAGAAAGCCUACAAGCACCUCCAACCCGGUGGCUGGUUAGAAAACCUCGAGACAGAUAUUACAGUUCAAUCCGACCACGUCGUUUUCGGCGAUGACCACAUCUACAACGAAUGGCUGCGCGUCUUCCUAGACGCCGCCGAUAAGCGAGGGCGCACCUUCGCCAUUUCGCACGGACACAUGAUGAAAGACGCUAUGAUAGAAGCGGGCUUUGUCGACGUGACCGAAGUCAAACUUAAGACACCCUGCCAUGGUUGGCCGCGUGACCCCAAGCUACAGCAGGCGGGCCUGUUGUUCUUCGCGAUGUUGGACCAGAGCAUUGAGGGUUUGGGUCUGUACAUGCUUACGAAUACGCUAGGUUGGUCGGUUGAGGAAGCGCUUGUGUUUACUGCUCGGUUCCGCUCCGAGACUAGGAAGAAGAGCAAUUGUGGAUGGAUUCUUACGACCGUCGUAUAUGGCCGGAAGCCAUUCCCUGGAGAGAAACAAGACUAGAGCGAUGGCUCAGUGAGAUACUAAUAUUGAUCGAAUUGUCGAACAAGCCUCUCGUUUAUUAUACUUUGGAUAACAGGUCCCACCACACAUUUGAUAAUGAGAGAUGUAACGAGGAAGUAAUCGGAAAAGCACUAUACCAAUUCGGAAUUAUACUAUAGGUUCGCCCUCAGAGCCACACAUCUUAGCCUUGAUUUUUAUUUAUAUCCUCGGACGACAGUCCAGUCCAGAUUGUGGAUAUGGACUGAAUGGGUAAAAUAUCAGCCAUUUCAACCCAAUUUAUCUAUUUUAAAGAUUUGAUCAUAAUGUCUGCCCUAGUCGUCUUGUUAGUUUAAAUUGCUUGAAGCCUGAGGACUAUCGCCACCAAUGUCGCUCCUCGAGGCUUCCGGGCCUGGAUGGCGGCCAACAGCGAUUCGUUUGCUGCCUUCCCAUUCUCUAGACCUAUGGCUCCCAUACAUACCAAUUGUUCCGUCGCCUUCUUAACCCAAGGCAAAUGUCCACUAUCUAUCUAAGUAUUGUGUCGGCUAUGUGGCGAAGGGGCGCACGUUCGUCAUAAAAGCUAC